CCCUGCUCCUCCCGCUAGCGCUUCUGGCAACGGCAGCCAUGGCCAUCACGACGUCCCCCGUGCGGGACCUCCAGGGUGACGCCAACAGUGCUACCAGCCGCAAGGACAAACGUGGCAUCUUCGGCCUUGGCGGGUACGCCGCUCCGGCCCCCAUUUACGGACAUGCCUUCGGCCACGGGCACUUCCACGUGGCCCCUGCCGCUCCGGCUCCCCUCCCGGUGGGAGGACACUUUGACGUUCCGGCGGCAGCAGUUCCGGCACCACUACCCCUGUCCGGUCCCGACGGAGUGGUGGUCGCCGCUGGACCCGGACCGGGCCCGUUUCCCUUCCUGGGGGCUCACGCCCACACGCACACCGUCGUCACGAAAAAGGUCGGCAUUCCGAUUCCCCAGCCGUACGCCGUUCCGGUCGACAGGCCCUACCCGGUGCCGGUCAAGGUCCACGUGCCCAUCCCGGUUGACCGGCCCUACCCGGUGGCCGUCCCGAAGCCCUUCCCCGUGCCCGUUGACCGGCCCUACCCCGUGCCGGUGGCCCAUCCGGUCCCCGUUCCGGUGAUCAAACACGUCGGCGUUCCGGUGCCCGCGCCCGUACCGGUGGCCGUUCCCAAGCCUGUUCCGGUGCCGGUGCACACGCCCUACCUCGUCGACCACCACCACGAUCCGUGGGCGGUCGCACCGAAGCUGUGGUAGAUUCGAACACUGGCCUUCCUGGCGCGAUGGUGGACACAUUGCAUGCUUUCAGGAAGGUUUAGGUUUUGGUGGUUGGGAUAGGCAAAUUGUUUAGGUUUAGUUGCUCAGUACAAGUCAGACGCUAUUCCAAAGCUCUAGGAAAUAUUUAGCCAUUGUUGAUUGGUAACACUAUUUAUUGUUAAUUAGUAAAAUGAAAAAUAAUAAAAUGAUAUUAAAUGUA